GCCAGAUCGACGGCGUGUUCCCGGAGGCUGGCGCCUUCGGCAAGAUCAAUGAGGACGCCACCAGCGACGCGCACCGAGAGGUCGCCAAGCAGGUGAUCAUCGAGAGCACGGUGCUGCUGAAGAACGACGACUCGACGCUGCCGCUGAAGACCAAGGGCAAGAGGAUCGCCAUGGUGGGCCGGUACUGCGACCAGGCGGUGGAGCCCAGCUACGGGCAGGGCGCCCCGUACUCCGGGGGCGGCAGCGGCUACGUCGAGACCAACAAGGUCGUGACGCCCUUCCAGGGCGUCAGCGAGCACGUGGGAGAUGCCGAGAAGGUCUGGUUCGCGAACCAGACGUCGGAGGCCAAGGGCGCCGACAUCGCGGUGGUCUGCCUCGUGGCGCACGCGGAGGAGGGCUGGGACAGGACCGACAUGGACGUCCAGGACGCCAAGGUGAGCGGGGCUCGUGCCUCGGGGGCGUCAGCGGCCAGACUAACGUGGGCCGCGGACCACGAGGAGCCCUAG